AGACGCCCGCGGUCUAUUUUGCAGCGCUGCUACUGCUGCUCCUUUUUUGCCGCCGAGAGAGCUCCCCCCCCCCACCGACCCCUUUUACCUCAGCGCCGCCUGACCAGUCUCUGAGGCGAGCCGCGAAGCCCGCCCAGCUCUGGGAGGCGGAGAAGAAGAGGAGGGAAAGAUGCCCGGAGCCUCCUGGAGGCGGCGCAGGGAGCAGCCGCUGUGACUCGAACCCCUUCCAAACCCAGCGAAGGGAGCGGCCGCGAGAGAGAAAGCGUCUCUCGGGGAGGGGCUCCCAUGAGCAGCGCCUUCCCCUCGCCAGGGCAGCGCCGCCCUUCGCCUCCCCAGCGCCGGUAGCGAGAGAGAGCGGGCGGUGCCGCCGGCGGGCCCCGGUCCGAGGCGGGCGCCAAGGCAUGCCGUCGACGUGGCUGAGCUGCCGCCUGGCGCUGCGCUUGGGCUCCGGGUGGCCCGGCGGCUCCUCGCCCUCCGCGCUGGCUUCCCGCCUCAGCCUCCGGGCUCCGCAGCUGCGGGGCCUCCGCUGCUGCUGCUGCCGUUGCCUCGUGCCCCUGCCGGGCCAGCGCCGCUGCCUCAGCACCUUCCGUCGCAGCGGCGGCAUCUCUGAGGAAGGACAGUGGCUCCGGCUGCCGCCGGCCUCUGCAGGCUCCCUCCGGUCUCUGGGCACGCACCCGAAAAAGGAGCCCAUAGAGGCUCUGAACACGGCGCAAGGGGCGCGGGACUUCAUCUACAGCCUCCACUCCACCGAGAGGAGCUGCCUGCUGAGGGAGCUGCACCGCUUCGAGUCCAUCGCCAUCGCGCAAGCUUCCAGAUUUCCUAAACCACUGGUACCACUUGAGAUGCCAUUGAAGCAAAUAGUACCACCUGAACCAACUAGUACUUGGGUUUAUUAUAUAUCAUCUCCCAAGAAGUUGGAAGUUGCGCCACCAUCCACUGGACAGCUGAAACAUGUGUUCUUCCACAAUGCAAUACCUUUUGUAGGGUUUGGAUUUUUUGAUAAUGCAAUUAUGAUUGCUGCGGGCACACAAAUAGAACUGUCCAUAGGAAUUGUCCUUGGAAUUUCUACUAUGGCAGCUGCUGCCUUGGGAAACCUUGUCUCGGAUUUAGCUGGAUUGGGACUUGCAGGUUAUAUUGAAGCUAUGGCCUCUAGGUUGGGCCUCUCCAUUCCUGAUCUAACGCCCAAACAAGCUGACAUGUGGCAAACACGCCUCAGUGCACACGUGGGUAAGGCUAUUGGAGUGACCAUUGGCUGCCUUUUAGGAAUGUUUCCAUUGUUCUUCUUGGGAGAUGAAGAAGAAAAAAAACUGGAAGAAAAAAAUUAACCUUUUUACAAUGCUUAAGAUCUAUAUAAACUAAUGUACCUCAAUUAUACAACUAUGCUGUCAAAAUACUUAGCAUUUAGCAGACAGUAACAAUGUAUAGAAUGGGGAACAAAACAGCAUGCCAUUUUAUGGAAACACUAACUUAUUGUGGCUUUGUUCUAGUACAUCUUUUUAUAAGGGUUUUUCCUUUUUAAAAUGUAAAUUGUUGACGUGUGUGUGUGUGUGUGUGUGCCUUUCACUUACACCGGCAGUUGGCAUUUACCAUUCCCCCCCCCUUUUGCCUCUAUCUUUUAUAAGGAUUAUUACUUUCAGUGCUUGCCAUCAAUGUACUGUAUGGGGUUGGGGUUUGCAUAUUUACUUAGCGUUUGCAAACGCAUGACACAAGUUCCCUUUGAUGCUCAUCAUUCUCUCCAUUCUGGCCUUUCAGUGAAGCUAGGUGACAGAUGGCUUUAGGAGGAAUCAUGUCUUACUUUUAUUCAUCUUGGGUCACCAGUUGCACACUGUAUGCCUAAAUAGCAAGACUUGUUUGAAUAAUGCAAAAUUUGAAAUAGGGUGUAGAUAUCUGCUGAAUAAU